UCAGUUGUAUUUCACUUUCACUUCCUCCUCCUGUUCUGUUCUGUUGUGACGCAGUUGUUUUUCCUCCGUGUUAAUCUCUUGGUGUGGACUCUGCUAUGGAUCAGUGUGAGGCCAGAGAGGAGGGAGACCCUCCCUCUGAAACCACUCUGUGUGGGGAACAUGGCAGCCAGACCAAAGCUCAGAGAGUGCAGCAGGAGAGACCUGGACCUGAACCUGGACCUGAACCUGAACCUGACCCUGGACCCGAACCCAGCUGUGUGUCCAUGAAGAGUGACCGGUCUAUGGGUUUUCCUGAGAACUUUAAAGUUGGACAACCUGGAUCUGGACCUGAACCCAGCUGUGUGUCCAUGAAAAGUUACCGGUCUAUGGGUUUUCCUGAGAACUUUAAAGUUGGACAAGCUGCUGAUGGAAGAGUUCAGCAGGAGAGCUCAGAGGGCCUCAGUGGUCAGUCUGCCCCACAGCAUCAAACAGACUUGGACUCCAUAUUUAUGCUGCUGGAGGAGAACAUCGUCACUUUUGUAAAGAACGAGCUGAAGAAGAUCCAGAAAGUUCUGAGUCAAGAUUACCCAGAAUGCUUAGAGAGUCAGAGGGAGGGUGAGGGGGUUUUGGAGGAUGAGGAUGAGGAGCAGAGGAGGAGAAGCAGAGAGGAGUUUCUGAAGAUCACAAUUAACUUCAUGAGAAGAAUGAAGCAGGAGGAGCUUGCUGACUGUCUAAAGAGCAGAACCUGUGCUCCAGUGUGCCAAGGUAAACUGAAGUCUAACCUGAAGAAUAAGUUCCAGUGUGUGUUUGAGGGGAUCUCUAAAGCAGGAAACCCAACCCUUCUGAAUCAGAUCUAUACAGAGCUCUACAUCACAGAGGGAGGGACUGCAGAGGUCAAUGAUGAACAUGAGGUCAGACAGAUUGAAACAGCAUCCAGGAAACCAGACAGACCAGAAACAACAAUCAGACAAGAAGACAUCUUUAAAGCCUCACCUGGCAGAGGUGAACCAAUCAGAACAGUGCUGACAAAGGGAGUGGCUGGCAUUGGGAAAACAGUCUUAACACAGAAGUUCACUCUGGACUGGGCUGAAGACAAAACCAACCAGGCCAUAAUGUUCAUAUUUCCAUUCACCUUCAGAGAGCUGAAUGUACUGAAAGAGAAAAAGUUCAGCUUGGUGGAACUUGUUCAUCACUUCUUUACUGAAACCAAAGAAGCAGGAAUCUGCAGGUUUGAAAAGUUCCAUGUUGUGUUGAUCUUUGACGGUCUGGAUGAGUGUCGACUUCCUUUGGACUUCCACAACACUGAGAUCCUGACUGAUGUCACAGAGUCCACCUCAGUGGAUGUGCUGCUGACAAACCUCAUCAGGGGGAAACUGCUUCCUUCUGCUCGCCUCUGGAUUACCACACGACCUGCAGCAGCCAAUCAGAUCCCUGCUGACUGUGUUGACAUGGUGACAGAGGUCAGAGGGUUCACUGACCCACAGAAGGAGGAGUACUUCAGGAAGAUAUUCAGAGAAGAGGAGCAGGCCGGCAGAAUCAUCUCUCACAUCAAGACAUCACGAAGCCUCCACAUCAUGUGCCACAUCCCAGUCUUCUGCUGGAUCUCUGCUACAGUUCUGGAUCUGUUGAAGACCAGAGAGGGAGGAGAGCUGCCCAAGACCCUGACUGAGAUGUACAUCCACUUCCUGGUGGUUCAGUCCAAAGUGAAGAUAAUCAAGUACGAUGGAGUAGCUGAGACAGAUCCACAGUGGAGUCCAGAGAGCAGGAAGAUGAUUGAGUCUCUGGGAAAACUGGCUUUUGAUCAGCUGCAGAAAGGAAACCUGAUCUUCUAUGACUCAGACCUGACAGAGUGUGGCAUCGAUAUCACAGCAGCCUCAGUGUACUCAGGAGUGUUCACACAGGUCUUUAGAGAGGAGAGAGGACUGUACCAGGACAGGGUGUUCUGCUUCGUCCAUCUGAGUGUUCAGGAGUUUCUGGCUGCUCUUCAUGUCCAUCUGACCUUCAUCAAAUCUGGAGUCAAUCUGAUGACAGAAGAACAAUCAACCUCCUGGUGGUCUGAGGUGUUCGGGGGCAAAUCAACCCAUCUCUACCAGAGUGCUGUGGACAAGGCCUUACAGAGUCCAAACGGACACCUGGACUUGUUCCUCCGCUUCCUCCUGGGUCUUUCUCUGGAGACCAAUCAGACUCUCCUCAGGGGCCUGCUGACACAGACAGGAAGUAGCUCACAGACCAACAAGAAAACAUCCCAGUACAUCAAGAAGAAGAUCAGAGAGGAUCUGUCUCCCGAAAGAAGCAUCAACCUGUUCCACUGUCUGAAUGAACUGGAUGAUCGUUCUCUCGUGGAGGAGAUCCAAAAGUCCCUGAGAUCAGGAAGUCUCUCCACAGAUGAACUGUCUCCUGCUCAGUGGUCAGCUCUGGUCUUCAUCUUACUGUCAUCAGAAACAGAUCUGGAAGUGUUUGACCUGAAGAAAUACUCUGCUUCAGAGGAGGCUCUUCUGAGGCUGCUGCCAGUGGUCAAAGCCUCCAACAAAGCUUUGCUGAGUGGCUGUAACCUCUCAGAGAGAAGCUGUGAAGCUCUGUCCUCAGUCCUCAGCUCCCAGCCCUCUAGUCUGAGAGACCUGGACCUGAGUAACAACGACCUGAAGGAUUCAGGUGUGAAGCAUUUUUCUGCUGGACUGAAGAGUCCACACUGCAGGCUGGAAACUCUCAGUCUGUCAGGCUGUAUGAUCUCAGAGGAAGGCUGUGCUUCUCUGGCCUCAGCUCUGAGCUCCAACCCCUCCCACCUGAGAGAGCUGGACCUGAGCUACAAUCAUCCAGGAGACUCAGGAGAGAAACUUCUGUCUGCUGGACUGAAGGAUCCACACUGGAGACUGGAGACUCUCAGGGUGGACCAUGGUGGACUGCAGAGACUGAGACCUGGUGUGAGGAAGUAUGUCUGUGAACUGGAACUGGACACAAACACAGUAAACAGAAGACUCAAACUGUCUGACAACAACAGGAAGGUGACAUAUGUGGAGCAGUAUCAGUCAUAUCCUGAUCAUCCAGACAGGUUUGACUACUGGCCUCAGCUGCUGUGUAGAACUGGUCUGACUGGUCGCUGUUACUGGGAGGUCGAGUGGAGAGGAAGAGUUUAUAUAUCAGUGAGUUACAGAGGAAUCAGGAGGAGAGGACGCAGUGAAGACUGUUGGUUUGGAAUGAAUGAUCAGUCCUGGAGUCUGUUCUGCUCUGAUGGCCGUUACUAUGUCAGACACAAUAACAGAAGCACACACCUCUCCUCCUCCUCCUCCUCCUCCUCCUCCUCCUCUGGUAGAGUAGCAGUGUAUGUGGACUGUCCUGCUAGCUCUCUGUCCUUCUACAGAGUCUCCUCUGACUCUCUGAUCCACCUCCACACCUUCAACACCACAUUCACUCAACCUCUUUAUCCUGGGUUUGGGGUCUGGUCAUCUGGUUCCUCAGUGUCUCUGUGUCCUCUGCAGGUCUGAGAGUCUCUCCUGUGGACAGAAACUCUGCUGACUGAAAUCAAAGUUCAGUCUGUUCACCAUCACUCACUAUCUGCACUGUGAAGCAGAUCUGUCUCAGACUCAAACACAAAACACUCAUUUGUCUGAUUUCAUCUCUUUGCUGAUCAACAUGUUUCACUAGAAACACUUCCUGAUGUGUAACAUCUGCCUCCUCCCUGGUGCUGUGAUUCAAAGUGACUCUGUGGGACACACUGUAUAAACAAUGUAAAGUGUAUCUGUGUCCAUGUACACAUGCUGUAAUAAACUUGUAUUAAACUGUAUAUGUUUUUAGGGACGGUGCAGGAAGCUUUGUGAAGCUUUGAGGCUUCAGACUCAGCAGCAGUACAGUGACAUCUGCUGGUUUAUUAACCUCACAGCAGUGUAAAUAUUUACAAAAAAUUUUUAUAUUUUUAGUAACAUUUAUUAAAUCCCAUGUCUUUUACUCUUAAAUGUCUUUUAUAGUCUAUUGAUGCAUUUUGCACCCUUUGGACACCUUCGUGGCAAAAAUGUACAUGCAUAAAUAAACUGCUAUUAAAUCACCAUACAUCAAUAUUUUUUCUGCCUUUUUUCAUAAAUCUCUUAAACAACUUCAAUUUUGCCCAAAACUACUAAACAUUCAAUAAUUUUCAGGAUUUAAACCUUUAAAA